CAGAAAUUUCUGCUUCACCGGCUACAUUUCAGACGGAAUACCCAAAAACAAUUGGAGCGUUUUCAACGGUUUAAAGAUGAUGCGAAGACCCAGAACGACAACUGCCAAAGUCACAGACUACAGAGAUAUGGACUCCGACUUGUCCUUUUCCCAGACAGUGAGCAGUGAUGAGGACUGUGAGGAAUGGAAGCCACAAGAGCCAAAGCCAAAAGCCCCCAGCAAGACUGCCAGAGCCCCCGCAGCCGGGGAGAAGAAAGCAGCUGCCAAGAGAACUGCUAAACCAAAAGAGCCUCAAGCACCCAAACAACCAAAGGCGCCUAAAGUGCCUAAACCAAGGGCGCCUCGCAAACCUGCAGCAGAGCGAAAAACACAGGCCCCGAAAGUUGCAAAGGAUUCUGCUGCAUCUGGGUUGGCUGGAACAAAGAGGAAAAAUAUUGAUGAAGGCAAAAAAGAUGAUACGGCAGGAGAAGACGAAGGAGAAAAACAGAGAGAUGGUCCAGGGGCUGAAAAGAGUGGGCCAAGUGUCAGAAUGAAGCAGGAGAGGGUGUCAUUUAUUGUGUCAGACGCCCAUCAGGCAGACACAUGGGCAGGCGAGGGGUCAUCACUACCUGGAUUUCGUGCAAAGAAAGAGGAAGUGGAGGAGGAGGAUUUCACAUUUGAUGAGCCUUGCCUAAAGAAACAGAAGACCAGUGGUGCCUGCUUUGGACAACCGACGAGUUUACAGUCAUCAGAAGCACAAGCUCUGAGGAAUGACCUCAACAUGAACUGGGACUUGAUAGAGGUUCUGUCCACCCUCACAUGUGUGGAGCAAUGGGUGUGUGCAAAUAUCAUCGGGCUGCUUCGUGAGGAGAACACGGUGCCGUUUAUGGUGCGGUACCGCAAAGAGAUGAUUAACCACAUGGACGCUGAUGCUGUUCGAGACGUCCAGCUGGUAUAUGAGGAGAUAUGCUCUCUUGCCAAGAAGACCCAGUCUGUGAUUCAGACCCUGAAGAAAGACGGUGUUCUGACAGCUGAGCUGGAGCAAGACCUGAGGAGCUGCCGAUCAGCUGAUGAACUGGAUCAUGUGUAUUCUCCCUAUAAGAAAGGCAGUAAGCUGACGAAAGCUCGCAGGGCCAAAGCACUCGGCCUUGAGGAGGCCGCCUCUGCACUCAUGGAAACACCGCACACUCUGGAUUUAAGGGCAUGGGUAAAACCUGGCACUGAGGGUCUGUCAUCGGUGGAAGAAGUGGCGACAGGUGUGGAGCAUAUCUUGGCUGAUAUGAUAGCCAAAGACUCUGAGACACUGACCUACGUGAAAACAUUAUGUGAGAACAGCUUUGUGACCAUCCAGUCCUCUGUAUCCAAGUCAGCACUAAAGGAAAAAGAGCAGGAGAAGUCUGCCCAAGGCCACAAAAAACCAGGGACCCAACAAAACAAGAACAAGGACAUUGACAAGUUCCACAUCUACGUUGACUUCACCUGCAACAUCAACCGCAUCCAGCCUCAUCAGACCCUGGCUAUUAACCGAGGGGAGAGUCUGAAGAUUUUGACAGUGAAGGUGAACAUUCCUGACAGGGUUAAGAGUGACUUCACCAGGUGGUGCAUCAACAACAGGUGGAGGCCGAAGACAUUGGCAAGAGACGAGCUUCGUGCAAUGAUCAAUAAUGCAGUAGAGGACUCUUAUAAAAGGCUUAUUCUGCCUUUGCUCACCAGAAGUUACAGGACUAAGCUGACCAGUAAAGCAGAGAAGGAGUCUAUUGCCAUGUUUGUGCGGAACCUCCGGCAGCGCCUGUUGGUGUGUCCAGUCAGGGGCUGUGUCAUCAUGGGGGUGGACCCAGGCUUUAGACAUGGCUGUAAGCUGGCAAUUCUCUCACCCACGAGUCAGAUUCUUCAUACUGAUGUUGUGUACCUGCAUAAUUCAGACCAGCGAAAAGAGGCAGACAAACUGCGCCACCUUAUGAUGAAAUAUAGCUGUUCCAAGGUUGUCAUUGGCAAUGGGACGGCAUGUCGUGAGACUGAGUCCGUCUUCGCUGACCUCAUCUCAAGGCGCUGUUUUAACCCCCUGGAUGUGUCCUACUGUAUAACUAACGAGGCAGGAGCAUCCAUCUACAGUGUGAGUCCUGAGGCGGUCAAAGAGAUGCCAGACAUGGACCCCAACCUUAGGAGCGCAGUGUCCAUUGGAAGACGCGUCCAAGAUCCCCUGGCUGAGCUUGUGAAGAUUGAUCCUAAACACAUAGGCAUUGGAACAUACCAGCAUGAUGUGUCGGCCGGAGCUCUGAAGGCAGCAUUGGACGGCGUGGUGCAGGAAUGUGUGAGCUUUGUCGGUGUGGACAUCAACAUCUGCUCCGAGACGCUGAUGAGGCAUGUAGCAGGCCUAAAUGCAGGCAGGGCGCGGAGUAUUGCAGAGUGGAGAGAGCAGAAUGGUCCCUUCGCCAACAGGGAGCAGCUCAAACUGGUCAAAGGCAUGGGGCCCAAGACCUACCAGCAGUGUGCUGGCUUCAUUAGAAUCAACCCACAAACCCUACACAGUGCCAAAUCCUCACCUCACCCUGCACCAGAGAAACCAACAGCAAAGAAGAGCAAAGGAAAGGCUGGUGUCAACAUACCAACCUCAUUUAACCCCCUGGACCAGACCUGUAUACACCCUGAGUCCUACCACAUUGCACAGAGGUUUCUGUCCCUCGUGGGUGGGAGUGCAGACCAGAUCGGAAGUGCAGGCCUGCGACAGUGUGUGGAGAGCAAGGUUAGGACUAGUAGUGUUGAGGAACUGGCCAGGACGCUGGACACCACACCUGAGACCCUCCAACUCAUCAUAGACGGCCUCACGCAGCCCCCUGGGUUUGACAUACGACAAAAUUUUGGGCAGGCGGACUUUAAGCGGGGCAUUGUGUCGAUGAGUGAUCUGCGGGUGGGUACGGUGCUGACGGGCCGCGUGGACAACACAACUCUGUUCGGGGCUUUUGUAGAUAUCGGUGUUGGCCGCGCAGGCCUCAUCCACAAGAGCAACAUCACCCUGGACAAACUGCCUGUCAGCCAGCGCCGCCGCAGCCUGGCGCUGGGACCUGGGGAACGGGUGGAGGUCCGGGUCCUGAAUGUGGACCUUCAGAGGGGACGGAUUGGGCUGGACCUGAUCAGGGUCCUGCAAUAGUCAUUUCAUUCCCAUUCAUUUCAGUCAUUUCAGAGCUACUGAGAGGCAAUUUACUUCAUGAUGUUUACAGUGAUUGUGGACGAGAAUUGAUGCUGAACGAGUCAUUUUAACAGGCAACCUGUUGAGUGUAUUUAUAGGAAUUGCCCUUUACUGCAAAUUUAGUAGCACACAUUCAACCAAUGUUUGCUUUAUAUGUGAGGGCUUGCAAUUUUAAAGUGCAAUUCCUGCAUUUUUUUCUGCAUAAAUGUUGAAGUUAAAAGAGUGCUUGAUAGUUCAGCUGUGAACAGCUGUUACAAGUCCAGUGAAAUCAAGCCAAACUUUCUCACAGUCAAGUUAAUGGCUGGGAGACUUUCUUUCCCCUGAAGUCAUUUUCUCAGGUCAUACUUUUUCUCAGCCUGUUUGAGUAUCGUUGGGAAUGGUACUUUGGAAUGAACACUAAACCUGGUCGCCUAAUUCAAGGCAAAAAUGUCCAUUUUUGUCUGUCAACUUCCUGGCUCGCUCUCUGCACACACUGCCGUCUACUGGUCAUUAGAGAAGAUGGGACAGCUCAUUGAGAUGGCGCCCACACGUACUAUUUGCACUUUAGCAGUAGACCAUUUCAUACUUGAGCUGCAGUUGUUCAUUUUCUAUGAAUAUAAUCUACUUAAAUAUUGUUUACAUACUUAAAUAAA